AUGACUGACAAGCUCUUCACCGACUGCCUUCAAUACAUCGCCAAAUGCAAUGUGAGGGACCUCAACAUUGAGGUGCGCCGACCUGCAUUGAUCACAAAACUCAAUUUCAACUUCGUAGAGGCAAGCAACCUUCUGGUGCGCGUCUCACUCUGUGGUAUAAUUGUCUCCGACUUCAACCACGUGGGAGCCCAGCCCUUCAACAACCUCAAGGUCAUGAACCUUCAUUCUGUUCGCGUCAACGACACAAUUUUGCCCAAUGUGAGAAGCCUUACUAUCAUGGAUUGUAGCAGAGUUCUCAAAGUGGAUGCAAUGGCGAUUUCUAGCAUCCGCUCCUUCCACUUCAAAGGCGGCAAUGCAUCAUUCUAUCUUCAGGGUGAUGCCUUUACUGACCUUUAUAUGUACCUCGACUACAGAACCACGAUCUGUUGCCUAAUUUCCACUGAAUGGUUUGAUAACACCAUAGGGAAAACUUCCAAACUCACUGCCCUAACCAUAUGCAGCAACACACUUCAGGCUAUAUCUUUGCUGCUCAAUGAUGGAAGACUUCCUCAAUUGGCCAAGGUUAACUUUCAGAUGUUGACCGAACUACAGUUGGUAAUUGAUGAUAAGCAACCCGUCGACCUUGAUAGCAUUUUUACCUUUCUCAGAAAUUGUCAGUGUCCUAAUCUAAAGAAGAUCUUUGUACAGCUUUCAACCAUCAGCGAUGUGCAGGGGGUGGAUGAUUCUCCUAACUUGGUCAAGAAUCGGCCAGCGGUUGGAUUAGAAAACCUUGAAAUAGUAAAGAUCACAAACUUGACUUGGAACAACUUGGAGAUGCAGCUAGUGAACUUUUUGUUCAGCCAAGCCAUCAACCUCCAUAAGAUGUUUCUGGUUUCUCCGAAUCCUUUUCCAUUGAAUAUGCCGGGUCUUCUCAAAGAAGCUGUGGACAAGGGCCAGAUAGUCCUAACUAAGUCUGAUGAUGCCAUGUGCUGGUCAUUCCACUCGGAGGCCUUUGCCAACUUGUAGUUGGGACGGAGUUGUAAGGUAUGCUGACUUUUUUCUGCCUUUGAAUAUACAUGACCUCAGGGUUUAUACCUGUUGGUAGAUCUUCGGAAGAAAGAAACUACCUGAAGUAGCUUGAUGAAAAUUAGUAAGAUAUAUGAUAUCCCUAAAGCAAAUUAGAAAGGCAGCACAACAACAAUAUUGGUUGUCAAAUUAACCUUCUAGGAAUUACUGAUCUGAUCUUGUGUUACUUAAUUUCUGAAGGUCAUAAAUUGUCAAAUUAAGCAAUUUCCAUCCUCGUAGUUGAAUAUCAUGCUGAAUAUCAACUGACCUUAAUAUUUUCGUUGCUGCCGCCUGUUUACAAGAUCGUGUGGCCCUUUACUCACAAGCUCAUCAAGCGCUUUCGUGGCCCUAUCCACUUGAUAUUCUGUCUCACUA